AAGAAGCUCCAUUCGAGGCUUGUUGUUAUUCUGAGCUAACUGUCAACCAGAAAGCUAGUUACCUGUUGUAAACUCGACUACCAGAAUGUCUUCAGACUUUGAAGCAUACGAGCAGGACUUUGGAACAAUUACCGCAGAAAUAACUAAUAAAAUUGGCCGAAUUCCCAAACUAAGUGGAGAGGAGAAGACACAGCUGGUUCUAAAUGUCGACAAACAGCUUGAAGAAGUCAGAGAGUUGCUGGAGCAGAUGGACCUGGAGGUGCGAGAGAUCCCCAUCCAAAGCAGAGCCAUGUACAACAGCAGGCUGAAGAGCUAUAAACAGGAGAUGGAAAAGCUUGAGAAAGACUUUAAAAGGUCACGCAUUGCCUACAGUGAUGAGGUGCGCAACGAGCUCCUGGGGGAUGACGCCAGUUCUUCGGAGAGCCAGUUGGUAAAGUUGCGUGAAGAGAGAGCACAUCUGUUGGACAACACAGAGAAGCUGGAAAGGUCAUCACGGAGACUGGAGGCCGGCUACCAGAUAGCGGUAGAAACUGAACAAGUGGGGCAGGAGAUUCUUUCCAACCUGCACAGUGACCGUGAGAAGAUCCAGAGAGCUAGAGAAAGGCUGAGAGAAACAGACGCCAACCUGGGCAAGAGUUCCCGCAUCCUUACCGGCAUGCUGAGAAGGAUCAUCCAGAAUCGGGUCCUGGUCUUCAUCCUCGGAGCCAUCAUCCUCCUCACCAUCAUCCUGGCCAUCUAUUUUAAUGUGCGAGGCCACUGAUCUCCCCUGUACGCACAUGCAUAUAUACACACACACACACUCCCUCCCCCUAAACGCAAAUACACACACACUCUCUUGUGAUUAAUAGCGACAAAAGCGUUGUUCUGCUGUAAUUAGGACAAAUGGUCCCCAUGAAUCACUAUUUCCAAAGCCUGACAGCAAGCUUUUUUUUUUUUUUUUUUACCAUUUCUCACUCCUUUUUUUGU